ACCCGAUCGUCAAUGGUUCCUCAUCCCAAAAAAGGAUUAAAAAUCCAAUUUUUGUUCCCAAGACGCCCCCUUCUCCUCCUAUAAAACAACCAAUUUCACUAGGCAGAGGGGACAAAAUCCAAAAGCAAAGCCAAGUAUUUGCUGUCGUUCGAUCCUCGUUAUAGUGGUAAGAGUCUUUGUUCUGGUUCUGGAGUCCGGGAAGCAAAUCCCUGUUUGCGAAUCCAAUCUCGGCUUCUCCUUUGGUUCGCGGGCGUCCCUCCCUGUUCCAAGAUCUCUUCUUUUCGGUGGAGUUACGCGUUCCGCGAGGCAUUGUCGGCUCAGAUUCGGCACUGUUGCUGUUGCGGAGAUCCCCUCUCCGGGUUUGUAUCCAUCUAUCGCCUGAUUUGCACCGGAGGAGCCUGUUCAUGGUAUCAAUGGUGUCAGAUCGAAUUCCAUUAAAGGCCAUGAUCUGACCUUUAUGAACGCCACCGCUCGUCGCCACCGAGUCUGCUUCCUGCAAUCCUUUUCCGUGGUGUUCCUCUACUGGUUUUAUGUCUUCUCCUGAACCAAAUUCUGAUCUUGGUCCGCUCGGUUCGAGAUAAAGGAGGCAUCUUGGCAGCUGAAUCGUCACCGAAGCCGGUUCCUUGUUCGUCGAAGGAGAUCGGUGGGAUGUCGCCUGCCCGGAGCCUCCAAGGUUCGUGGUCCGACGGAGACGCGAGGCUCACGGCAGAGGAGAGGAAGCAGAGGCGGAAGCUGUCGAACCGGGAGUCGGCGAGGAGGUCGCGGAUUAGGAAGCAGCGGCAACUGGAGGAUCUGACGAACCAGGUGGCCCAGCUGAGCAAGGAGAAGGGGCGGAUCGUGAUGCAGGUGGACGAGCUGGCGCAGCACCAGCUGCGGCUGGAGACGGAGAACGACAUGCUGAGGGUCCGGGUGGCGGAGCUGACGGAGCGGUUGCGGUCUCUGAGCUCGGUGCUCCGCCUCGUGGAGGAGCUCAGUGGGGUGGCCAUGGACGUGCCGGAGAUUCCGGACCCGCUUCUCAAGCCGUGGCAGCCUCCCGGCCCCGCCUUGCCCGUCAUGGCCGCCGCGGCGGACAUGUUUCAGCCCUGAGCUAUUACGUGGAUGUAUCCGUUGCUUCAUAUGUCAUGUGAAACAUGUCUCCGUUGACUUGAGAACGUUGACAUUCUUGACGUGUGUUAGAUACCAUUUGUAAUGAAAGCUUCAGCUGUAGCAGUUAUCGAA